GGGCGCUUCCUCUUCUCUCCCGCCUACACCAUUUUCUGGGCUCCACUUCCUCUGCACUUGGGCAACACUAAGUCAGCCCUCGGCAGAGCCCUGAAGCACAGCCCUUCCUCUGGGCCCAGAUUGCAACUGGAGCAGCCCCCGUCCCAGCCAGAGGGCCACCCCGGGGCAGCUGGUGUCCAGGCGAUGCUUGGCAGAAGCCUCCUGCUCCUCUCCCUGCUGGGGCUGCUGGGAAUCCCGCCAGCCCUUUCCCAGGAAUGUCCCAAGUACAAGGUCAGCACCUGCCAAGAGUGCAUCCGCCUGGGGCCGGGCUGCGCCUGGUGCAAGAAGCUGAACUUUGCUGAGAGAGGCGAGUCCGACUCCAUUCGCUGCGACACCCGACAGCAGCUCCUACAGAGCGGCUGCAAAGAGCGCGACAUCGUGGACCCGCGCAGCGCCGUCAACCCCCGGACCGACCCGCCCGGCCCCCCCACGCCCCAGCUGACGCCUCAGAACGUCCAGCUCCGUCUGCGGCCAGGUCAGGCUGCCGCCUUCAACCUGACCUUUCGGCGUGCCAAGGGCUACCCCAUCGACCUUUACUACCUCAUGGACCUGUCCUACUCCAUGUACGACGACCUGAUCAACGUAAAGAAGCUGGGGGGCAACCUGCUGAAGGCACUGAACGAGAUCACGGAGUCCGGCCGCAUAGGCUUUGGCUCCUUCGUGGACAAGACGGUGCUGCCCUUUGUUAACACACACCCCGAGAAGCUGAAGCACCCCUGCCCGUCCAAGGACACCCAGUGCCAGCCCCCCUUCGCCUUCAAGCAUGUGCUGAAGCUCACCGACAACUCCAACCAGUUUCAGACUGAGGUUGGGAAGCAGCUCAUCUCUGGGAACCUGGAUGCGCCCGAGGGGGGUUUGGAUGCUAUGAUGCAGGUGGCCGUUUGCCAGGAUGACAUUGGCUGGCGCAAUGUGACGCGGCUGCUGGUCUACGCCACGGAUGACGGCUUCCAUUUUGCGGGAGAUGGGAAACUGGGGGCCAUCCUCACACCCAAUGAUGGUCACUGUCACCUGAAGAACAACCUCUAUGAAGACAGCAACAAGUUCGACUAUCCCUCGGUGGGGCAGCUGGCACAGAAACUGGCAGAAAACAACAUCCAGCCCAUCUUUGCUGUGACUAAAAAAAUGGUCUCCACGUAUGAAAAGCUCACGGAGAUCAUCCCCAAGUCGGCUGUCGGGGAGCUGUCUGAUGAUUCCAGUAAUGUGGUCCAGCUGAUUAAGAACGCUUACAAUAAACUGUCCUCGAGGGUCUUUGUGGACCACAGCAUCGUCCCCGACACUCUGAGGAUCACCUACGACUCCUUCUGCACCAAUGGCCAGUCCAGCGUGGACCAGCCCCGAGGGGACUGCGACGGGGUCCAGAUCAAUGUGCCGAUCACCUUCCAGGUGAAGGUGACGGCCACCGAGUGCGUCAAGGAGCACACCUUCAGCAUCCGGCCCCUGGGCUUCACGGACACGGUCACCGUGCAGGUGCUCCCGCUCUGCGAGUGCGACUGUAAAGGGGAGAGGCUCAACAGGGGGCACUGCGGGAACAAGGGCUUUGUGGAGUGUGGGAUAUGCAGAUGUGACCCGGGCCACACCGGCAAGAUCUGCGAGUGCCAGACCCAGGGUAAGAGCAACCAGGAGCUGGAGGGCAGCUGCCGCAAGGACAACAGCUCGGUGCUCUGCUCGGGCCUGGGGGACUGUGUGUGCGGUACCUGCACCUGCUACGUCAGUGACAUCCCCAAGAAACUCAUCUACGGCAAAUUCUGCGAAUGUGACAACAUCAACUGUGAGCGCUACGAGGGCCAGGUCUGCGGGGGCAAAGAUCGGGGCUUCUGUGACUGUGGCAUGUGCAAGUGCGAGCCCGGCUUCGAGGGCUCCGCCUGCCAGUGCGAGAAGUCCACCAGGGGCUGCCUGAACAUCCGCAACUCCGAGUGCAGCGGCCGGGGCAAGUGUGAGUGCAACGUCUGCAAGUGCGACCCGGGCUACCAGCGCCCGCUGUGCCAGGACUGCCCGGGCUGCGCGUCCCCCUGUAACCUCUACGUCUCGUGUGCCGAGUGCAUGAAGUUCCAGACUGGCCCCUUUGCCAAGAACUGCAGCGUGGCCUGUCCCGGUGUGACUCAGGCCCUGUCCCCGAUCCAGGGCAGACCCUGCAAGGAGCGCGCCUCCGACGGCUGCUGGCUGACCUACGUCAUGCACCAGCUGGACGGGCACGACAAGUACCUCAUCUACGUGGAUGACGAGCAAGAAUGUGUGGAGGGACCCAACAUCGCUGCCGUCGUGGGGGGCACCGUGGUCGGGGUGGUGCUCAUCGGGCUGCUGCUGCUGGCCAUCUGGAAGGUCCUGACGCACUUCAGCGACCUCCGGGAAUACAAGCGGUUCGAGAAGGAGAAGCUCAAGUCCCAGUGGAACAAUGACAACCCCCUUUUCAAGAGCGCCACGACAACUGUGAUGAACCCCAAGUUUGCAGAGAACUAGGGGACCGCCGGCCCCGCCAAAAAGCUGCAGAGAGCUCCAGACCCUGGGCUGGAGCGCGGCGGCCCGCUUGCCUCCCGAGCCCCGGCACUAGUCUUGACCCUCGCAAUCCGGCCCAUCUCCAGCUCUGUCUUCUGGCCUGUCUCGGGCCCCAUCUCUGGCCCUGUCUCCAGCCCCUGUCUCUGUCCCGUCUCCGGGCCUGUCUCUGACCCGUCUCUGUCCCAUCUCCAGCCCUGUCUCUGACCCGUCUCCGGGCCUGUCUCUGGGCCUGUGUCUGUCCCAUCUCCAGGCCUGUCUCUGGGCCCACCCCGCAGGCCCUGCUCUUGUUAAGAUUUUUCCCUCCUUCCCUGAGAACCUGCUGCUGAGCUGAACAGUUCGGAAGCUGGGAAAAAACCAAACCCGGGCAGGCCUCUGUGCCCGUGCCCUCUGCGUGCCCGCCUCACCCACCAAGGGAGCACUGCCCUCCAUGUCUGUGGGUCGGCCACCGGACGUCCAUACUUCUCCUGCUUGGUCCCUCCACCCGCCAAACCCGCUCCAAAGUGAGGCGGGAGGGACUUCCUCCCCCAGAUUCUACUCGGCACCUGCUCCCGACACUGAGGGGGAUCUAGGCCACUGGGAGAUCGGAAAAUCCGUGGCAGAGCAACUGGAACGCUCGGGUGGUGCUGACAACGGGUGGAUGUAGACGGAUGGGCCGAUGAGUGGGGGGAAGGAAGGAUGGCAGGGACAUCCGCUCGCUAGUCUCCCUGUUGCAUAGCCUCCCGGGCGGUUCCUCCUCUUGGCACCUGCUGCUCUUUUGCAGAUUGGGCCGGGAAUGCCUCGGGCCUCCUCGGGCACCAAAGCCGCAGUGCAGUAGGUGCCGGACAAAGCGGGAACCAGCAAAUACGUGCACGCCCCCGAUCAACUUUACCGUGCUUCUGUUAGUGAAAAAUACUUUUAUUAAAAUGCCGACAGGUG